GUCAUCACGGUGACGUCAGUGGAAACGCCCGCCUUUAAACAUGGCAGCGCGCGUGAUGAGCGUGCGAUAGUUAGUGCCGAAGUCCAGUUUCUUUACUGUCUAUGCGAAGUCCUCGCGUACAAUAUGGACAGGCAAGAGUUCACAGCCUCCCUUGUGGCAGGCGGUUGUGCGGGAAUGUGUGUAGAUCUCACUCUCUACCCUCUGGACACCAUAAAGACAAGGUUGCAGAGCCAGCAGGGCUUCUACAAGGCAGGAGGUUUCAGAGGUGUCUAUGCAGGCGUCCCGUCAGCUGCUAUAGGCUCCUUUCCCAAUGCUGCUGCAUUCUUCGUCACCUAUGAAAGCACCAAGUCGUUAUUCACAGGCUACAGUGCUACAAACUUGGCCCCCAUCACUCACAUGCUGGCCGCAUCACUAGGAGAAAUUGUUGCCUGUCUGAUCCGUGUCCCGACUGAAGUAGUAAAGCAGAGGACACAGGCCAAUCCCUCUCUCAAUACCUACAGGGUGCUCCUGAAUACACUACAAGAAGAGGGUUUCAGAGGCUUGUACAGAGGUUAUGGCAGUACAGUACUUAGGGAGAUCCCAUUCUCGCUGGUUCAGUUUCCACUCUGGGAGUACCUAAAGGCCGUGUGGUGGAGGAGGCAGGGGGGACGGCUGGACUCUUGGCAGGCGGCAGUGUGCGGAGCUCUUGCAGGCGGAGUAGCAGCGUUCGUCACGACUCCGCUAGAUGUUGCGAAGACUUGGAUAAUGUUGGCUAAGGCUGGGACCAGCACAGCCAGUGGAAACAUCCCAGAGGUUUUGUAUGAGGUGUGGAGGAGCCGAGGAAUACCUGGGCUGUUUGCCGGCAGCAUCCCCAGACUGACGUUCAUCAGCAUGGGAGGCUUCAUUUUCCUCGGAGCGUAUGAGAAAGUGCGCCGUACGCUUUUAUAAACACCAUCAGCACAGGACGCUGUGGACCGGUUUGUAUUGCACUGGUUUCUUCAACCAGACCAGGAGCAAACCGCAAACUACAGAUCAGUGGAGGUCGGUCAAAUCUGACUGAGAAACGCACCCUCUGUACCAGUCUUGAGGGCCACGGCGAGAACACCUGGUGCCUGGAUAAAAAGAUCACACAACACAGUGGUUUGCAUUCCUGCUCUCCAGUGCACAACAGAUUGAGUUGAACUGCCUGAAUUGCACUUAUGUUGCAACACAGAUCAAAUUCAAACUUGAUAGCAAGCUUACAUGGAUUUGUUAAAAAAGUAAUUUUACGGAUGUUUGUAUUAAAAUAUGACUGUGCUGGUAUUUAUCUACUGAGCUCAUCAGUAACAAAGUUUAAAUGCGUUACCAAUAUUAUUCCAGUGGAUUAUCAUUACAUGUUGAGUCUAGACUUUGAUCCCCAAGCUUGUUCUACCUGCUCCACUAUUAUUGGCUGAAAAAGACAGAUUAGUCCACAGGUGUGAAUGUUUGUCAGACCUGUCAAGAAGUGUGGGGCACAAGAACAACACCGAGCAUUUGUCUCCAGCCCUGCAGCUCUUAGUCAACAACCACCUUUCACUGGAAUGUGCUUCCUGUCCAAACACACAACUCAAACAAUACUGAUGAACGAGUGAAGAGCAAUGCUGUCGUUUACUUGGUAAAUGUAUAUCACAAAGGUCCACUGAAAUAAUAACAGGGUUGCAAAUUUAGCUAAACAUUAAAUUGUUACUCCACUCCUUCAGAAAUGAUUUUAAAUUGCAUAGAAUAAAAUAACAGAAAGGCUUCCUUCCUCGCAUGGUUCAUUAGCUGAGACAUUUCUCUGCAAAUAUAUAAAUAAUGUAUCAUUAAAUGAUAAAAACUCACAUUUUAAAACAUGCUUUUUUUCCUCAUCUCAAGAAUUUAAGCAACAGUGAUACACUAUUAUAUAUUUUAAAAUAUUGCAUUGUGAUAUACAUUUUUAUUCUUUUUUUAUUUUAGUAUUUUGUUUAAAUCCAAUUUUAGCGAACAUAAAAUACCAACUUUCAAAAGCAUAACAGGGUUGAAUGGCUGAGCUUGAUUAGUGCAGUCAACGCUAUAUAUAUUUUUUUUCUUUUUGCAAUGCUGUAAAAUAGUCACUUAGUCACAACUAUCAAUAUAGUAGUUUGAUAAUUCAAUUUUUGUUUAACCAAUUAAAUGUUUGUUCGUUUUAAUUAAUGAAAAUAUUUAUUUUUUAAUUCUUUAAUAGAACUGAGAAAAACUAGACCAGUGAAUUCAAGCUAGCUUAAAUGUGCAAAAUAAAAGAAAAUUUAUAUAUUUAAAGCUACUGGUGCAAUUUCCUUUUUUUCCCCCAACAACUCAAUAGAGUUCACUUCAAAGAACAUGGAAUUUGUGUUUCGGUGGCUUAGAAAUGUGAAGAGGCACUCGAUUCAGUCAUUUCAACCACUGUGCAUCCAAAUAAAAACACAAACCAGACGGCGUAAAAGAACAAAAUGUGACUUUAAUAAACACCUGCUAUUUUGACACUUCAACAGUUUUAGCCAUGUGGGUGAACGGCUGUGAUUAGAGUGGUGUUCAAUAAAUUAAUCUAGUAUAAAAUCCAAACAUCUGUAUAGUUAACCUAUUUGAGCUAGUUCACAGAGCUGGAUUCCAGUUAACCAGCUAACCACAUUAUCAGAGUACUGCUAUGGUCAACAGUUUUUGGGGUUAAUCUGGCAUUUGCUGUAAUCCAACUUUACAAAACAGUUCCCUAGUUUAGUAGUACAGAUGUUAUACUAUUUGGCCUAAAAAACAACAUUGGCUGUCGACAUGAACCGGUUUGGCUCAGGCUAUCUAAUAAAUGUAGCUUAGCAUUAGCUGCUUUAGUCUUUAGCAAAGACUAUGAGAGACUAGCUGACGAGGUGUUCACUUUUUCCUGCGUAUUCCCUUUAGGUGAAGACAUUCUGUGUGGUUGAGGUCCAGCACGCACAGCUUGAGUUUUCUAGAGAGACGCUCUUUCCCUUUUGUUAUCUGGCAGCAUUUAGCUUUGCUGCUAGCUAAAAUUCACUGUUAGAACCAGUCUCUCUAAAUAUUAUUUUUGGAUAAUUCAUUAUUUCGCCAAAUAUGUUAAAAAAAGAAUACAUUUAAAAAUUCAUUUUAAAUACCACAGGUAUGCGGGCAAGUGAAGCAGCUUUUGGUGGCGUGUACCUUUGUUAAAGGAAGAGCCUCGAUUGCAUCAGAAAAUGGGAAUUAUCAAAGUGCUUAUAUUAUCCCUUAUGCCAAUGUGUCAUUUUUGCACCAUAACGGACCUGAAAAUUCAAUGCAAAGCUCUUCCUUCAUCCCAUAUAUAUUCUGACAAAGUAAUAUUCCAGGUUAAACACCAGUUAGUUAUGGAAAAUACAAUAGCUUUUUUGUUUUUCAAAGUACAAAUUGAAAUUAUUUUGAUUGUAAAUGAUGCAAAGCAUUGUCUAUUUAGUGAAUUCCAAUCAUAAUUACUUAAGUAUCAUUUAUAGAGACUGUACUUACAACAACAACAAAAAAUCUAGCCAAUUAAACAUUUCAGAGAAAUAUGUAUUUUUUCAGUAAAUAUAAAUUUACCAAAACAAAUCCACUACUGGUCAACCACUACUGGCUGCGUUUAUCUGAUCAAGAAUACAGUUAUAUUGUGAAAUAUUAUCAUUGAACUUUUCUCUUUUAAUAUAAAAUAUAUUUGAAUUAAUCUUGAAACUUUUGCAAGUCACUUUUGAACAAUGUAAUGCAUCCUUGCUAAAUAAAAGUACUGUAGAUCGUAUCAAUUCCCAUGACUUUUCUAGACAUCACAAAAAGUAAAUUCCCUGAUAUUUCAAGAACCCCGUUUCUUGUUUUUAACCUGGAAUAUUCCUUUAAGGCGAUCUAUUUUGAUUGGGUUGUCUAAACUUCAAGUGCAUGAAAAAAAAAAUCCAUUUGUGAGAGCAUACAGACAUCUCCCAAUGUAAAACUGACUUUUGGAUUCUUUGAUCUUGUAAUAAGGCACUGCUUAUUAAACUGGGAAAAGCAAUAGAGAUCUGUUCAAAAAAAAGAAAAAAAAGAA